UGGGUUUUCCAGUGCUGAGUUUGUCAAUUACAGAUUAUGUUUCUCUGUACUUGUUGAUUAUGCUUCGGAUACCUCAUCCAAAUCGCGCACAAGAAACUUAAAUUGAAAAUGCGACUUAUUUUAUAUUUUUGUGAAACUCGAUACAUGACCCUACGAGUAACAGAAAUCUAUGUAUUAUUUAACUUUGUUCAACAUCUUCAUCCACGUGAUGAAAAAUACAAUCACAGAACAGGGCGAAUUCGCAAAGACACGCACAUUAACUCCACCCAAAGGAUUUCCAAGCAUUGCACAUCCACAACACGAAAGCACAUUCAAACACAACCGGUAUAGCUCGUAACACCAGUUUGCUCGCCUCUUCAGUAAUAAUGCUCUUGAACAUCCGGCAUGCCACGUUUGUUUUUAAUUUUUUAGCGACCACACAGCAGCAAUACAGUACCGGUGUGCGCCUCACAGUUUACCCGACAGGGACACCGGUUGUUUUUGUUUGCUUCACAGCGCUGCCUGCUACGUGAACAGCCCGCGGUCUUAUUUCAAUUUAAUAUCUUGCUGCUGCUGCCUACGGUACAUUGGCAGAACAGGAGGAGUGACAUUAUGUAUCCUGCAUUGCAAAUGGUGGCUUCAUUUCUGCUGCUGUGUGCUGGGCUGACUGCACCCCGCCCCACAGACAGCUGUUAUGACUGGGGCACGGAUGGGACCAUGCAGGUGUAUGAGGGGGAGGCCGGGAGGCUGAGGUGUCCGCUGUUUUCCAGCACUAUGAAGUAUAAUUACAACACAGCUCAGGUGGCAGGACUCACUCUGGUCUGGUACUGGACCAGGCAGAACCAGGACCUGGAAGAGCCCAUCGACUUUCAUCACCGGAUCAGCAAAGAAAUGGACAUGCUGUGGUUCCGGCCCGCUUCCCUAAACGACACCGGAGCCUACAUCUGCAUGCUGAGAAACAACACUCACUGCUACAAGAUGGCUGUUCCGCUGAUUGUCCUUCAGAAGGAUCCUGGCUCCUGUGUUAGCUCACACGUCCAGCUUGACAUCAUGAGGAUCCCCCUGGAGAGGGAUGAAGUGCUGUCCUGUCCCGAUAUUGAAGGGUAUUACCCGGCACAAGAAAAGCCUCCGAUCAGCUGGUACAAAAAUUGUCUAACAGUGGAGUCCUACAGUGAGAGGCAAGUCGUGUACAACAAAAUAUAUUUUAACAUAAUGAGACUAACCUAUGGUGGGAACUACACCUGCAUUGUGACCUACACUGCAAAUGGAACAGCUUCCACACUAACAAGGACCAUAAUCGUCAAGGCAGUAGGCUCGCCUGUUAUGUCAAUGAAACCUGCCAUCCACAAUCCUAACGACAAGCACAAAAUUGUUGUGACACUGGGUGCCCUGACCAAGUUGACCUGCCAGGUGUUAUUUAACUUUGUGAUGAACUCCGAGACUGAGGUGUGGUGGACCAUCGAUGGGAAGAAAGAGGAAACCUUCACAGAUCUGCGGGUUGAGAUCUACACCAGUGUUGAGUCUACUGAACUGGAGGAUAAGGUGAUAACAAAGACUCUGCAAAUCAAGGAGUUCAACUUGCAGGAUGUGAAGCGGAACUACACCUGCUUCGCACGAAACGCCAUCGGAGAAGUGAGCAGCCAGGCCACCCUGAGCUUGACAACUCCCUUGCCCACAGUAGAACUGUCCUGUGGUUUUGGGGUCACCCUGUUACUCAUGAUCUCGGUCUUCAUCGUCUGUUAUGUGUACUGGCUGGAGCUGGUCCUGUUGUAUCGAGCUCACUUUGGAACAGAUGAAAGCGUAACAGAUGGAAAGGAGUAUGAUAUCUAUAUUUCUUACGCACGGAACGCAGAUGAGGAGGAGUUUGUUCUGCUCACUCUCCGCUCCGUUCUGGAAAAUGAGUUUGGCUACAAAGUGUGCAUCUUUGACAGGGACAGUCUACCUGGGGGCACCGUCACAGACGAGACUCUGAGCUUCAUCCGGAGAAGCAGGCGCCUCAUUGUUGUCUUGAGCCCCAAUUACCUCCUCCAGGGAAGCCAGACUCUUCUGGAGCUCAAGGCUGGGCUCUCUGACAUGACCCUGUCUAGCAGCAUGCGAGUCAUACUGGUUCAGUUCAAACCAGUGAAAGCUGCCGGCCAGGUGAAGGAGCUGAAGCGCGCCCGGGCAGCGCUGACAGUUAUUAAGUGGAAGGGGGAGAAGUCCACUGACCUCCACUGCAGGUUCUGGAAGCAGCUCCAUGUAGCACUCCCGGUGAAGAGAAAGCUCACCUCAGAAACUACCACUCGGUAAAGGUUCUGCCUUGAAGCUCAAAGGGCGCAUGUCAAUGUAAAACUGGGGAAUUUUUUUUUUUUUUUUGUUUGUUUGCUUUGUUAACAAUUGGUUUUAAAGACUGCAGUGUGGAACGUGUUUAUCUUGUGUUAAGUCCACCCACUGCAGAGCUAGAAAGCUUAGCAGAUGGAGGCAGAGUGAUGGAUAGCACUUAUCUGUGGCUACACAAUGGGCCUUAGGAGGGCGCUAUAGACCACAACACUGAAGAGGUAGGACCAUUUUCUCAUGGAAACUCAUUUUUCUCAUGAAGGGCUGCUGUUAAGAUCAGCAUUUCUUUUAAAUGCCACUUUAAUUUUCAUCUAGUUGUAUUUUUAUGUCUGUUAGGUAUAAUAUAUGUAUAUUUAAAUGCAUGUGAAGACUUGUUUAUGAUUUCAGCAUAUUGAACGUGAUUCAUUUGUCAACUUUUCUGUUGAAAUUUACUGCAUAUUGGUUACAUGUUUUUUUUUUUUUUUUUUUUUGCAUAUUUUGUAUCUUA